AGUGAGCUGAGUUUAAUGUGUGAGAGCACUCAGUAGAGAGUAUGACUGCGGAUCAGACAGCACUAGUUAGUCAGAUUUAGCUUUAGCUGCUGGUUUGGGGAGUCAGCAGUCUCCGACAACAUGCAGGUAGAACUUGAAGCGCAUCUCCAAAUCCUAUUGGCUGUUGGCUUGGCCGUUCUCUGUUUCUGCCUGGUGAUUGGCUGCGUCGUCUGCUGCUGGCAUCAGAAGUCCCGCCCCUUGGGUGACAAGGAGGCGGGGCUUUCCUUACCACCUCUACCUGCAGAUCAUGUGACAGUUACUCUUAGCCCCUCCCCUUCCAUCAACACACUGCCAAUCAAACAGCAAUACGAAGAGCUGGACGGAGACGUUCUGGACUAUCCUUCAUUUAACAGCAGCUCGACGCCGUCAGAAGACGAUCUAUCUUUACCAUCUUAUCCUCCGAAGUCUCGUUUCAGUCUACGGCGGCUCAGCUCUCCAGCCGUUCCCUACAAACCCUCUAAACCCGUUCGCAGUCGUUCGUCGCUCCCGACCAUUCCUAAACUUAGUCUGGUUGGGAAGUCACGCCGGGUGAUUGAUCGCAACGGGAACGACAGCAGUUCAUUUUCGGAAGGCAGCAGGCUUAACGCCGACAAUGGCCGACAUUACGGCUCUGGUUCUCACAAACCCACACCUUCCCUUCACUUCACCCUUCUUUUCUCACCAACACAGGGCAAACUCACCGUCACCAUUCUGGGUCUCUACCGAGGCUCUAGGAAGCUGAGCGGGACUACGGUAAAGGCUUGUCUGCCUCCGCUGUGCCCCACGCCGCUUCAGGGCGGCCCGACGCGCAGACACAGCCUCGGUCCGGAGGCUCCAGCGCAGGUGUUUCAGCUGCAGGUGAGGUCGGAAGAAGAGCUCCAGUCCUGCACCCUCAGGCUGACCGUGUCCAGCAGGGAUUUCUCCGGUCUGAGGGAGACGGCUGUGGGCGAACUCGAACUGGCAUGUGCUGAAAUCCACUGGGAACCUGAUUGCACUGCCACCUUCAAUCGGCAACUCAACCCCGUGAGGAGGAGGCUCAGGAAGAGUCAGAGUUCCCAGGAUGCGGUGGGGGACAUUGGGGCUUCUGCUUGUCCGGUGCGGUUUCUGGGUCAGAUCCUGAUUCUCCUGCAGUAUCAGACGCUGGCGCAUCGCAUGAAGGUGAUGGUGAGGAAAGCUGAGAACCUGCCCAAACUCACCAGGAUGCCUGGUGCUCCAGAUCACUAUGUCGUCAUCAAUCUGCGUCAGGAUGGCAAAGUCAUCAGCACUAAGGAGACGAAGGGAGCCAGUGGAGCGAACGCGGUUUGGAACGCACCGUUCCUGUUUGAUCUGCCGGCCGGUGACAUCAGCCAACUACCGCUGCUCCUGGAGCUCGUCGUGAUGCAGGGGAGGCUGUACACGAAGAGUUGCAUUCUGGGUCGGGUUCUGAUUGGCUACGGAGGUUUAGAGGCAGGAAACCAGCACUGGAGUGAGAUGUGCAGCAGGGCGCAGGUGGAGACGGCAUGCUGGCAUGAACUCCAGCCGAACGCCUUAUAGGCCAGCAAAGCUUGAUUGACAAGCUCUCAGCUCAUCAGAUCGCUCCGUGUUACACUUCUCAUGUCUUUAUGGAUUUUUGGGAUGGAACUAACAGUGGAGGACUUGAGGAAAGUUUAGGUUGAAUUUGUUUGCAAAUAUCUGUAAUGUGUGGCAUCACUGCAGGCUCGUUAGCUAAAACAUCAGAUGCUGCUUUUGCACUAUUGAACUGAUCGGUGUUGUUGCUAUUAACUAAAACAUUUUUAGUCAUUGAAAUAAAGCUAAACUUAAACUUUUAUUAAAUUAAAAAUGGCAAAUGUUACUAAAACAGAAAAUAAAGUUAAUAAAAAGCACAUAAUAACAUCUUAAAAAAUAAAAUAAAUCAAUACAAAAAUAAAGGCAAAUUCAAAAUAUGAAUAAAUAAUAUAAAUUUACAUAAAUAAUAUUAAAAUGACACUGAGGUUUGCUGCUGUAACUGUUAUGGUUAUAGUGAUAUUAAUGUUCUCAAUCAUUCCGAAUGGAAAUUUGAUUUAGACUUGGACAAUCAUAUGAUUUUGUGGAAUUUGUGUCAUUGUGCUGCUUGUCAUUUUUGGUCCUGCUUUCGUGUUUGUUUUACUAGUUUAUGUCUUUAUUUCUUGUGUUAUAUAACGCAUCAAAUGAAGAUGAUAGUUUGAAAGACGAGCCAUAGCGCAUGCAAAACUACUAGAAAACAAAGAUGCAACCGAAUAGUAAUGAUGUGGUUAGGAAGAGUUGUGAAUUUCCACGAAAUCCACUGGGUUUGCAAAUUGAGCUAUUUUUAAACCCCAAAAACUAGAGGUGGAAGUGAAAACAAAACCCACAGACUGUAUGUUAAUGCAAUUUCAUGCAGCAGAACGGCUUUAUUAUGCAGCUGAAAUGUGUCUGUCUUUCUCAUUAUUUGUUUCUCUGCACUGAAUCAAUAUUUCAAUGCUCACACGAAAAAGUUUAGUAUUUUCAUGUGCUUAUACAAACACAGAAGAGACAUAAUAUAAUAUAUGUUAAGUUAAUGUUGUUGAGGUUAAUGAAAAAAUGAUCACAGUACACUUUUUUUUUUUUUUUUUUUUUUUUUUUUUUUUUUUUAAUUAACGAUAACUGCACUGAUGUGGGACCAAAAUGUUCUUUUCAGAUGAUGAUGGACAUUUGAACAGUAUUUUAUUUUAAACAAUAUUUUAUUUUUAAGAUCUGAGCUCAGCGCUGCCCUCUGGAGCCUGGAGAAAGUACAUCUCUUGGUGCACCAUGUAAUUUUUGCUUUACUUUUCCUCUGUUGAAAGUCAUCUGAUUUGGGUGAACGUCCUUUUAAAUUCAUUGCAAAUGCUGUCCAUUUAUUUAGGAGGAAAUCUUACAGUGGAAAAUAUUGUUGGAUGCUCCUUUUAAACUGCUGAUAAAAUGGCAUCUGUUUGUUAACACAGUUUUGUUUAAAGCAUGUUUACAUUGUAAAUCAAUUUGUUGAGUUGACUUAAAAUAAUUUGUUACACAGUUAAGUUCAGUCAGCUCAAAAAAAGAUUUAGUCAAUUUGAAAUAAGUUUACUAAGUGAAAACUUAGAUAUUUAAAUUGAUUCAACUUACAUUUUUAUAACAGCUGGGUAACAAACCUAGCUUUUAAUUUAACAAACCAAAUUUUUAGUUUAGUCAACUCAAAUAUCUACAUUUUCACUUAACAUUUCAGUUGACUAAACUUAAGUUGACUGAACUUAAUUUUAAGACAGCAGGGUAGCAUGUCAUUUUAAGUUGACUUAAAUUGUGUGUGUUUUUUUUUUUUGUGCACUAUAUGGACUAUGCACAGACAUUUGUCUCAGCUGCAUUUACAACUGCACAAAGCUUGUGCAUUAGUGGCGCAUAAAACACUGGUGUCAAUCAAUGGUACUGUUUUAAGGAAUAGUUGAUCCAAAAAUAAAAUUAGCUAAAAAUGUGCUCACCAUUAGGCCAUCCAAGACUAGGAUGAGUUUGUUUCUUCAUCAGAUUUAUAGAAAUGUGUCAUUCUGUCACUUGCUCACCAAUGGAUGUGAAUGGGUGCCGUCAGAAUGAGAGUCCAAACGGCUGAUAAAAACAUCACAAUAAUCCACAAGUAAUCCACACCACUCCAGUCCAUCAGUUCACAUCUUGAGAAGGCAAAAGUGUUAAGGUUUAGAGCCGUUUCGGCUUGUAAACGGUGCUUGAUCUGUGCAGAUUUCUCUCCUGAUUCAGACCAGACCUCUUUUUCACUGGAGGAAGCGUUAUUAUGGAUUAUGGACUAUGGUAUUUUAGAUAAAAAUGUCUUAGCUUUUGUCUUGUCAAGAUGUGAACUGAUGGACUGGAGUGGUGUGGAUUACUUGUGGAUUAUUUUGAUGUUUUUAUCAGAUGUUUGGACUCUCAUUCUGACGGCACCCAUUCACUGUGAGCAAGUGACGGAAUGACACGUUUCUCCAAAUCUGAUUAGGAAACAAACUCAUUCUGAUUUAAGUUCAUUUUAAAGAAUCAUUUCAAGUGUAAUCUGUUGUUUUCUGAUGAUGAUUCCUGUGCAAAUACAGCAAUGCAGCUCUGUGACUGAUUUCAAAGAAGUGGGCAAAAAAUACACCUGUUUACCUACAAAAAUCAGCUGCUUGUUAAAUGCUCUGAUAUUUAUAAAAGAAUGAAUAUAAGAGGCUCUUAGUCUCUAUUUCUUCAUCUCUCUGUGUUCAUGUGUGA